ACGACACUUGACAGCUCUGUCGAUUGGCAUCGGAGAAACUACACAAUGGCUUCUCAGCGGGUAUUUCAGCUUGGUCUGCGACGGGCCGCCGCGCCCAGUCUGAGGGUACAACCUGCGGGACGCAUGGUCCAGCGGAGACUUGCAGCAACGGAACACGCCUCGCAGUCUGAAGCCGCCGAGAUCCUCGCGAAACAGCGUGUCAACCGCCCCGUCUCCCCCCACCUGGCCAUCUACAAGCCCCAAAUCACCUGGUACGCCUCGUCGCUCAACCGAAUCACCGGCAUUACCCUCUCAGGUUCCCUCUACCUCUUCGGUAUCGCCUACCUGAUUGCCCCAUACACCGGAUGGCACCUUGAGACGCAGUCAAUGGUAGCCACUGUCGCUGCUUGGCCAGCGGCUGUGAAGGCCGGAUUGAAGGCGUUCUACGCUUUCCCCUUCUUCUUCCACAGCUUCAACGGCUUGAGGCAUCUGGCCUGGGACGUCGGUAUUGGUUUCAAGAACCAACAGGUUAUCCGCACUGGAUGGACCGCUGUUGGCUUGACCGUCGCAUUCAGCUUGUACUACACUUUCCUCGGAUAAGAUUGCAGUAUUUGCUGUGGGAGCGACUGAGGGAAUGAGGGAACGAAGAGGACUAAAGGGCAUGAGAUGGAGAUGCGGGAGAGAUAGAGGAUGAAGUCAGGGAGGGAGAAGGAGAAGGAGAAGAACACUAGAACACGAGUGAUGUGUGAGAUUUGGAGUGGAGCACAUCUUGACAGGAUGGCGAGGAGGUCGAGUAACACCUGUACAAAGUCUAUGUCAAUUGGAUGACACGAGUUGUUUCUUUGCAUAUCCUCGCCCGUGAAUUAAGCUGAAUGAAUUUGAACCACGUUGCCAGAGGACAUGGCAAGGACACCUCUGACCAUUCAGGGCAGCUAGACUGGGUGGUUUAUGGGAAUCUGUAUGAAAAGCUGUGGCUACUCUGUCUGUUGCAUGCAGGAGUCUUGUGUGGGCCAUGUGCCGGACAUUAGUGAAUAGCGCAAGGUAUGUUAGUG